CCACGACUGAGCAUCCUAACUUGGACCAGGGAGCAGUAAGGACUAUUAUCGCAGCUCUAUAAUCGUAUAUCGGCUAGGAUUACACCUUCUAUCUAUCUUUGACUUCUGCCACUCGUUUCCUGAGUACGGUCGGCGAAUGCAAUUACCGAUCUUCUUGUCUUCGUAAAGGAACUCUUUUUUGACGCAUCAUGGGGGUCCCGCUUUCUCAAUCGCGGCGCGAGCUGCUCGGCAGCAAGUUUCCGGAGGAUCCUUACGAGCACCCAUAUAAACCGCGACAUGAACGCUCCUUCAGAUGUGCGCUCAGAACUAUUCUUUCCCUCUCGGCUUUACUCCUGGUUGCUCUCUAUCUGUCACCUUCAUUGUCGGACAUCGUCUUUGGGACUGUCGCCAUGCGUCUAAGGUACUUGGCUGAGAUUGCAGGCUUGCUGGUGGGUGCUGGUGGAGUCGUAUCUAUCGUUCCUACAACAUUUCCUACCUCUGGAAAUGUAAUGUGGUAUACCGCACCCGGAGCCACCUGGCUGGAGGAUUAUCUUCCUGUUGGUAAUGGGUAUCUGGCAGCUAUGCUUCCUGGUAACACGAACCAGGAGAAUACUCAAUUGAAUAUCGAGUCUCUAUGGAGCGGAGGACCUUUCCAGGACCCAACAUACAACGGAAGCAAUAAGCCAUGGGAUCAGCGAACUGCUUUGGCUCAGGACAUGCAACAAAUACGUCAGACAAUAUUCACGGAUGGCACGAUUGGGGAUGUCGAGGUCCUAGCGGCUGAUAUCGGCGCUUACGGUUCUUAUGCCGGCGCUGGCUUUCUUCUCUCAAGCAUAAACGUGACGGGCGACGUUACCGGUUAUACGAGAUGGUUAGACAUGGAUUCUGCUCUAGCCCGUACUCAGUGGACGCAAGAUAACAGCACGUUCCUUCGCACGACGUUCUGCUCGCAUCCGUCCCAGGCCUGUGUCGAGCAUAUUAACACAACCUCCGCCACACUCCCGCCGCUUGAGUAUGCGUUCGAUAUCACGCAGGAGGCGGGCCUUCCCACCCCUAACAUCACAUGCUUCGACAACUCUACCCUCCAGAUUCGUGGCCUUGUUGCUGAUCCUGGUAUGACCUACGAGAUUUUGGCUCGUGUUCAGACCGCUUCUAUAUCCGGCUCAGGUGGCGAAGUCUCCUGCAGUACUAUCGAUGGCGUCGGUGGCGCGACGAACGCCACCCUAAGUGUGACCAACGCUACCGAAUCUUGGAUCACUUGGGUCGGAGGAACAGACUUUGACCAGACUGCGGGCGACGCCGCUCACUCGUUCUCCUUCAAAGGCUCGGAUCCUCACAGCGCCCUCGUUUCGACUCUCACCAUCGCACUUUCCACUGGUAGCUCGAAUUCGUCCAACGCCACUUAUCCUUCACCCGUCUUCGCAGCUCAACUCUCAGAGCACGUCGAAGACUACGCGGCCAUUGCGACUGUCGUGUCGGUUGAUUUAGGUCAGGUUCCAGACUUGACUACACCGACGGAUGAGUUGUACGCGUCGUAUGAGACCGAUGGGACAGAUCCUCAUCAGGCGUACGUCGAGUGGUUGUUGUUCAAUUUUGGAAGGUACCUUUUGAUCGGGAGUGCGAGAGGAGCGUUGCCUGCGAAUCUGCAGGGCAAGUGGGCGAACGGUAUCACGAAUGCCUGGAGUGCAGACUAUCACGCCAACAUCAACACCCAAAUGAACUAUUGGAUGGCGGAACAACUUGGUUUGAACGUGACACAGUCGUUGUGGGAUUACAUGGAGCAAAAUUGGGCUCCCCGUGGUUCAGAGACCGCGAAGAUCCUGUACAACAUUUCCGAAGGAUGGACCACUCACAAUGAGAUGAACAUCUUUGGGCACACCGGCAUGAAGCUCUCAGGCAACUCUGCACAAUGGGCUGAUUAUCCUGAGUCGUCGGUCUGGAUGAUGAUUCAUGUCUGGGACCACUUCGAUUACACCGGCGACACAGCAUGGUGGAAAGCUCAAGGAUAUCCUUUGCUCAAGGGAGUAACUCAGUUCCAACUCCAGAAGCUCAUCCAGGACGAGCACUUCAAUGACGGGAGACUCGUUACCGCUCCAUGCAACUCUCCAGAGCAAACCCCGAUCACUCUCGGCUGUUCUCACCAACAGCAACUCAUCUGGCAGCUACUGAAUGCGGCCGAGAAGGGAUACCAGGCCGCAGGAGAUACUGAUGCCACAUUCCUCAGCGAUGUUCAGAGCAAGCGUGCUCAGAUGGAUAUGGGUAUCCACAUCGGUUGGUGGGGCCAACUGCAAGAAUGGAAAAUUGACAUGGAUAGUCCCACGGACACCCAUCGUCAUCUCUCGCAUCUCGUCGGUCUCUACCCUGGAUACGCCGUCGCAUCUUUCAACGCAACCGCCCAGUCGCCCAUCUACACUAAUAGCACUCUGCAGCACUACACUCCGAUCGACGUGUUCAACGCCGCCGAGAUAAGUCUCAUCCAUAGAGGCAAUGGAACAGGCCCGGACGCGGACUCUGGUUGGGAGAAGGUCUGGAGAGCGGCUGCGUGGGCGCAGUUAGCGAAUGCAACUGAAUUCUACCACGAGCUCUCGUACGCCGUUGAACGCAGCUAUGGACCGAACCUCUUGAGCGAGUAUGGUCCGGGAAGCGGAAUUUUCCAGAUCGAUGCCAACCUGGGGUAUCCUGCCGCUGUCAUCAACGCUCUCGUUCAAGCUCCCGACACCCCGGCCUACUCUGAUACCCUCACCAUCACUCUACUCCCCGCCCUUCCCGACAACUGGGCCAAGGGAUCAGUGACCGGCUUCAGGAUUCGCGGUGGAAUGACCUUGGACAUGAAGUGGAGUGACGGCGAGCCGACCGAAGUGACUAUUUCGACAACCGAACAGCCGUUGGGUGCGCGCCCUGUGCAGGUCAAGUUCAACGGUGCUGUGAAGGCGACUUUCAGCACUGGAACCGUCUCGACGCAGUCUAUCUCUUUCUAAUCCCUUCUAUCCUUAGUACAUUUCCACGCUGAAUCACGAAAUAUUGUAUGAUACGAAGCUUCGAUCACUGAAUGUGCCUAUCCAUCUUUACAUGUAUUUAUCUCCAUCUCCUUGUAAAUGAAC